AUUCAUAUGAAAGAUGAUCCAGGUUUUGCAGAUGAUGGCAGAGAUCUUUGUCGAUAUCGUUGCGAGUCGCAAGCAUAUCAGGCCUUACAUAUCAACGGCAUCUGCAAGCUAGGGAUUGUGCCAUAUUUUUAUGGUAUAUUUGAAUCAUUUGAUCCCCAACUGCUUGGAUCUGCCCUUGAAUCAUUUGAGAAAUAUCAUAAUCUUCCAUGUGCGAUUCUACUAGAAUAUCUACCGAAUGCAACAAGCUUUGAACAUGCCAGUCUCUCUUCAGAAUCUAUCAGUACAGCAAUUUUAAAUCUGAAGAUUAUUCAUGGCGCGCGUGUUGUUCACAAUGAUGCAUAUCCAAAAAAUACUCUUAUAGCCCCGGGGACUAGAUCACAACGCGUUGUUUGGAUAGAUUUUGAUGUGUCCAUUGUUUUU